CCGAGCUAUAUUUGUUGUAUACUAAGACUUUUUGGAAUUUUGUGAAGGACUUUCUUUACUUAUACAUUAAGUUCGCGUUAUACGCGCUAGGUAUAUAUAUUUUCUUCUCCUACUACACAUAUUACUUCUUGUAGUGAGUUUUGGUGUCUUUUAGUGUUUUAGAGAUGUGAAAGUGCUUAGUGAUACAAAUCAGUGUACAGAACUUUGGUGCAUAGUUUGACGAGAGGACAAUAUCAAUUGAUAAGUGACGAUGAAGCGGGCGAGGCAUAGAUGGCUGGGAUUCAGCAUUGCCUGCGCGGUGCUGGCGGCGCUCGCGAUGGACUUGCCGGCGACGUCAGCGGCGCGUGCCACCAGCCUCAUCUUCUCCAAGUCCACCUCCACCACACCCGCUGCAGAAGACGAGGCGCUGCCGGAAGAUGAAGCACAGGUAGAGACAACAGCGGAGGGCGCGGAGGGCGCGGAGAACGCCACCACCAUCAAGCUGACGGGCAUCCCGCAGAUCGACUACAUCCACGACCCCAACCUGCCGCGCGAGCUCAACGGGUACAAUCUCUCCGAGUACCCCUUCUACGAGGCUGUGCCUCCGCCGGAGACCAUGGACUUCAAGUGCGACGGCCGCCACGACGGGUUCUACGCCUCCGUGCCGCAUAAGUGCCAGGUGUACCAUCACUGUUUAUUCGGCACGAGGUACGACUUCCUCUGCGCCAACUACACCGCCUUCGACCAGAAGACCUUCAUCUGCCACUUCGUCUCCGAGGUCGACUGCAAGAACUCGCCCAACUAUUUUAGCAGAAAUGAUGCGUUAUACCAGGCAGCGUCAACGGAACCACCAUCAACCACCACCACGACGACCACAACCACAACCACUCCUCGGCCAGAGAGAAACGACAGGCCCGACAGACCGCCCAGAAGACGCCCCUACAGAUACGAGUACUAUGAUGAUGACUACUACUACCCCAGAGAUGACUACGAAUAUGAAGACAGAGGUGGCCGAAGAAGACCGAGACCUAGGCCUAGGCCUCAUGAUGAUUAUGAUGACAGAUACGAAGGCCGAAAAAAAGCGGAUGAUGCGCAAGAAGAUGAAUAUGAGGAUAGAAGGCCCUAUGACAGGCCAAGACCCGGUAAAAGACCUUUAUAUAAGAGACCUUACGCCGACGAAGACCGAAGACCUUCUUAUAAGGGAGGGAGAAGGCCUACUCGGCCCCGUGAUGAGGAGGAAGAUAAGUAUAGGUCAGACGAUAGUGAUAGAGUAAGAUCGAGUCCACGAGAACAGAAAAGAGAUGGAUAUAGACCAAGAGAUAAAAAUAGGUCUAGGGGUGAUGAAACUAGGGAUGAAAGGUACAGAGAUGAGGAUAGAGUGGACUAUGAUACAAAAAUAGAAGAAGAUGAAAAAUUAGAAAAAGAACUUACCGCUGAUGUUGAAGAACCGGCUGAAAUCAAACCUAGAGGUGAGAUUAAACCUAGAAAUGAAUUUAGGCCACGAGGCAGUCCUAAGCCACGAAAUGAAUUUAGACCGAGGGAUCAAUCUCGUCCAGGGCGUGAUGAAAUUCGACCCAGGGAUGAAUCUCAGUCCAGAGACGAAAUAAGAUCAAGAGAUGAAUCAAGAAACAAAGAUGAUUCAAAAAUGUAUGAUCAAGAGACCAAGGAUGAAAAUCGACCACUUAGAGACGAACCAACGGCUACUGAUAGCAAACAAAGCUCUCGUACGAGAGAUGAUCGUUAUCAAUCCAAUGAAGGGCGUAGAUUAUUUGACAGACCUUAUAGAAAUAGAGAUGACAGACCUAGCUAUAGACCUGAAAGAAAUAAUAAUUAUAAUACAGAAAAAGUGUCAGAAGAGAAACGUCAAGCACCAGCAUUGCCAGAUGAUCAGCCUCUGGUAAAACCUACCGGACAUGGAAUUUUUAGCAAGCCUCGUAUGCCUCCAAAAAUAAAACGACCGGUACCAGCAAACGAAAAAGAUAAAUAUGAAUAUGUCCCUAUUGCUACGACUAAGGCCCCGCCCGCUAAGCAUGACGAAGAAUAUUAUGAUGAAUAUGAAGAAGAAGAAACAAAAAAGCCCUUACCAUCAGUAAAAUCUAGCACAGUACAACACAGGCCACGACCAGAACCAGUAGUUCAUGAAAAAUUUAAGCCUACGCGUCAAGUAACCGGCCCAGGAAGUCUUAGUAAUAAAAAAGUAAAGAAACCCAUUGACUACGAGGAAUAUGAAUAUUAUUAUGAAACCCCUGUGACCAAAUCUCAAAAGUAUCAACGUAAUAAAUACGAGCGUCCGUCAAAAUUAAGAGACGAAGUAGAUUAUGAGUAUGAAGAAAAAGAUAAAAAGAAAAAUAUAGAAGUAGAAAUUUCCACUAAAUUAAGAGACGUUAAACCAAACGUCAGAGUCGUCAAAAGACCAUUUCUCCCAUCGAGAGGUGGCAGCCCCUACCUUCCAAGAGGUUUACAGCCCGUAGGUGGCAAGAACCUAAACUUACCACCCAAUACUACUCAUAAACCAACUACGACUACACCCACUACAACUUCUCCAACGACUACGACUACGACGACUCCUACUCCUACCACUACUACUACAACUACUACUACCACCACCACUACUACAACCACAACGCCGCCUCCAACAACAACAACCAGGCAUACAACCGAGCAGCCUAAGUCUCUGGGUACUGAACCGUUGGCACCGUCGGCGCCCGAGGAAGAAUAUGAGUAUUACGACGAGGAGGAAAUCGAUUACGACUCGAGGGACAAAACGGAGCCACUGACGACACCCAAACCCAAAACAACACUGACGACGAGAACCACAACAACUCCGACGUCAAGAACAACAACAACAACACAAGAAAUAACCACGAGCGAUAGAGCAAAGGUUCUAGCUACAAAAGUGUUGAGAACUUUUAAUGACAACUAUGAAGCAAUUAAAGAAACACUAGAACCUAAAGUGAAGGGGAGAGAUAACGAGAAACCGUAUCUCAGAGAAACUUACGUUGCGCCAAAGAUGUCGCAAAUUAUUCAGCCAAUUCCCGAGCCGAAUCCGGAAAUUUCUAACGGUUACUCGGCCACAGGGAAACCUCUAAAAAUACCAGACAUUAAACAAAACCUCGCAGAUUCGAUAGAAAGCGACUACGACCUGAGGUACAACGAGGCCGUCGCUCCCGUUCUACCUAAAGUGAGGUUGCCGAGCGGGUUCAUCAUACCCGCCGAGAGGGACUACUCCUACAGUCGCUUCAGAAGUAAUCCCGAGCCGCAGUACGCUGCGUCCGAAGUUAGUCAGUACCACGUACUUAGGAAGAGACCCCAGAUAUCUGGAGUUAGUAUAAGAACGCCGACCUCAUAUUACCUACAACCACAAAGGAUGCAGGUCUACGAUGACUCCCUAGCGAGACCCACGAGACAACUGGUGUAUAGACAAUUAGGUGAUUUCUUUUAAUUAAAGAAUUCUGGUAACCUUUGAGAGAUC